CUCGUGAACUAGAAUUGGACUGACUGGACUGACUGGAAUUGACUGACUAUUGUUGAUGAGCUCAGCAACAGUAACUUUAUAAGCAUAUAUAUAUAUACACACAGAACAGCGUCCUGGGAAAUCAUCUCUUGCAUGCACUCUCAGACGACUGACAGUCAGAAUGGUGAAGGGUCAAGUCUCAGGUAGCAAUUUUGAUGGUGUAUUUAACCCAUUGUAUUGUGAAGAGGAAAUUCAGGAUAAGGAUAAUCCUCCUAAUGGCCACGCGAACCAAGACAUUAAACAAGUGUCCACCUAUAUGACACCUUGGAAACAUAACAGACUGGCUGCAGUGAGCCUGGCAGUACUCGCUGCUAUUCUGUUGAUAGUUGAUAUCGGCCUGGGGGUCCACUACCGUGAACUCAAAGAUACCCACCUCACACUUAACGAUACAGAACGCAUUGGCGAUGAGCUGACCAAACUCCACGAUACGUACAAAACCGCAAUUAAAACCAUGAACGAUUACAAGAAGCAGCUGGAAGCUGAGAAGAGUGAUCAGACAGAAACCAACUGGGAGUUUGAACACCAGACAAAGAGAAGAACAAACUUUGAAGCGCAGAUUGCCAAACUGAGUCCGGACAUUACAGCACUUAGAUAUUCUUCACCAAUGAUUGCGGAUGGCUGCAGACACUGUCCACCAGGAUGGAUUUUGAUGAACUCAGUGUGUUACUACUUCUCUUACACUGAUGAUGCUUUGUCGAGAACAUGGCAAAGAGCCAGAGACUUCUGCCAGAUCUAUGGAGGUGACCUUGCAGUGAUUGACAGCAAAGACAAAGAGAAAUCAAUUGUAAGUCACUUAAAUAAAAACAACAGAAAGACCGACUUCUGGAUUGGACUAAAAGAUCCCAACGAGGCAGGGACUUGGACAUGGGUGGAUGGAAGAAUGCUGGCUGAGGGGUACUGGAAAGACGGAGAACCAAACAAUGUCAGUGAUAAUUAUGAGGACUGUGCAGCAGUGUAUCCUGUAAUAAAUUUCUUCAAGGCUUGGACCGAUUACAGAUGUACAAACAAGAUGAAUUGGAUUUGUGAAAAAGCUCCAACUUCUUUGAGCUAACAGUGCAUGUUUACUGCAUUUGCUAACAAGUUUAUCUGUUUGCAUAGUUUACUUCACCUGAGUGACCUUCAAGCAUCCUCUGAUAUUUUCUAGAAAGAACCGAAAUUUUACAAAAUCACUAUUUUGAUUUUUUAUGCACGUUACUACUACAUAAAUCGUACAAUUUGAUAACACUUUGUGGCAAAAUAUGGUGCCAUGCAGGUGCAGCUCUCGAGAUUUGUUAACAAAAAUUGACUUAGCUUCUGUACUGCACAGUGGUCUCACUGUUUUUUGUUGUUUUUCUUUUUACCAAAAUGUACCAAUCAGACUAAUGCACCAACUUCUUAGCAUUUUAAUAACUGCUGUACUGAUGUCUGCUAACACUGCAAUAAAAAUAACUAUCCAAA